UGCUCGCAAUAUCUCAUUUUGCAAAGAGAAGCACUAACUUUAUUACCCAAACAAACAGGUACAAUCUCUCACCAGAUCAUACUCGACCUCAUUAUUCUCCAUGCUCCCUCACUCUCAUUCCUUUGGUCCCAGCCGUUGAUCUCUUCAUCCAUGAAUCUUAGGUUCUUCAAAUCGAGGGUUUCCACCGUCAGCCGCCGCAUACGACCCUAAUCUCCACCCAUGUCAUCAAAGAUCAACCGCCACCACUACCACCACAGAUUCAACGCCCAGAUUUUUCCUCCUCCUUGUCCCCACUUAGCCGAGUUCCGUGCCCGGAACGGCUCUAAGCCCUUUCGGGCUCUCCAAGAUUGUCUCCGGGCGAAAUCACCGGGCGGCCGAGCCGCGAUACGACGGGACCCUUCAGAGGUUCCUCGCUGCGGCGCUUGCGGAGAGUCUGCGCGGCCUCGGCUCUAUGCUUGCGUGGCGUGCGCUGCUAUCUCUUGCCACGCGCCCCCCGGACCAUCUCAUGCGGCUGUGCAUGCCACGUCCAUGCCUCCAGGCCAUGAGAUUGCGGUGGACGUUGAUCGCGCGGAACUCUUCUGCUGCGCCUGCCGCGAUCAGAUCUAUGACCGCGAUUUCGAUGCUGCGGUGGUCUUAUCUCAAAUCACCACUCUCAAUUCCGCCACAAUCCAGUCGACGAAACCGGAAAAUCUCCGUAAACGCCGGAGAGUCGACUACCGUCCAUGGUCUCCUGAUCUGCGGGAUCGUGUGUUAAUGGAGAGCGGCUCGAGUCCCCUGGAUUACGGGUCUGAUAUGCCCCGAGGCUUGCGAGGGUUGAAUAACCUGGGAAACACUUGCUUUAUGAACUCGGUGCUUCAGGCAUUGCUCCAUACCCCUCCAUUGAGGAAUUAUUUCUUGAGCGAUCGGCAUAAUAGGUACUAUUGUAAGCAGAAAAAUGGUGUUACUAAUACUAAUGCUGAUGGGAAGAGGAAUGCGUGUACUGGUGAUGGUAAUGGCGAAAAGAAUGCGCGAUUAUGCUUGGCUUGUGACAUGGAUGCGAUGUUUUCAGCUGUUUUCUCAGGGGAUCGGAGGCCUUAUAGCCCGGCAAAGUUUUUGUACAGUUGGUGGCAACACGCAUCUAACUUGGCAAGUUAUGAGCAACAGGAUGCCCAUGAAUUUUUCAUCUCCAUGCUUGAUGGGAUCCAUGAAAAGGUGGAGAAGGAUCUACGGAAGCCCCACAAUCAAGGCCAUGGAGACUGUUGUAUCGCUCAUAGAGUUUUUUCCGGUAUUUUACGAUCCGAUGUUAUGUGUAUGGCUUGUGGUUUCACAUCCACAACAUAUGACCCCUGUGUUGACAUCUCACUGGAUUUAGAAUCUCACCAUGGGGGCUCUGCAAAGUCAGCAUCUACGAAGACUCAUCAUUCUUGCAAUGGUGAGGCAGAUAGCAUAAAUUCUGGCCAAAACUGUGGGAUAUCUACUCUAAUGGGGUGUUUGGACCGGUUUACUAGACCUGAGAGAUUGGGGGCUGACCAAAAAUUCUUUUGCCAACAAUGUCAGGUGAGGCAGGAGUCUCUCAAACAGAUGUCUAUAAGGAAGCUUCCUUUGGUUUCUUGCUUCCACAUCAAAAGAUUUGAGCAUUCUUCCAUAAGGAAAAUGUCAAGGAAAAUUGAUCGUUAUUUGCAAUUUCCUUUUUCAUUGGACAUGACACCUUAUCUUUCUUCUUCCAUCUUGAGAAGUCGAUUUGGUAAUAGGAUUUUCCCAUUUGAUGGAGAUGAACCAGAUGCUUCAAAUGAGAUGUCAUCAGAGUUUGAGUUGUUUGCUGUCGUCACACACACAGGUAAACUUGAUGCUGGUCACUAUGUGACCUAUUUACGCUUAAGUAAUCAAUGGUACAAGUGUGAUGAUGCUUGGGUCACUCAAGUCAAUGAGAAUAUUGUGAGGGCUGCACAAGGCUACAUGAUUUUUUAUGUACAGAAGAUGUUUUAUUACAAACCAAGUGAGAACCAAGUAGCCUCAUGAUGUGAUGACCAAAAUUGGUGGUUGACUCGUCUGCACUGGAAAAUAGCAAUCAAUGAAGUCUUGGUCUACGUCUGAGUGAAUCCAUGGCUGGUUUUAUAUGCCAAGGAAGCAAAUGUUGGAAAGUUGCUCUUUCUAUCGGUGAAACUGAAGCAUCACACUUAUUUAAGUUCUUUAAGUCAUGGCUUAUUAUACUUGGAACAUUAAGUGAGCCUGAAUUUUUGAGGCACUUCAACAUUUUGGUGAAUUUAAGUUUUAUGAAGGUAUGGACUUUUACAAAUUGAUUCCUGAUUUAAAAGUUUUCCCCUAAGGAGGGUUUCCCCACUGCUCAUUCAAGUAUUGUUGGUGGGUUGAUUCUAUUUUUUGUCUCAUGGAUCCUCUCAGAAGUUGCAGUGCUUGGAAGUGUAUUUCAACAGUGUACUAAUCUUUCUUACAUGGCAUAUAAAAUCUGAUAUGAGUUCAUUUUCUUUUC